AUGUCUAGCUUUGUGGGUGUCCUUGUUUCUGAUCAAUGGCUUCAGAGCCAAUUCACCCAAGUCGAACUUCGAACCCUCAAAUCAAAAUAUGUAUCCCAAAGAACUCUGUCGGGACGUGUUACUGUGGGAGAUUUGCCACAUGUUUUCAAUAAAUUGAAGGCUUUCUCUGAGCUUUUUACCGAGGAUGAAAUUAAGGAUGUAUUGGCAGAGUCAUAUCAGAACAUGGAUGAUGAAAUUGACUUUGAGUCCUUCCUUAGGGCACAUUUAAAUUUGCAAGCUCGAGCUAUAGCAAAAGAUGGCGGUUCAAAAAGUUCUUCUUCAUUUUUGAAGGCAGCCACAACGACUGUUCAUCAUGCAAUUAAUGAAUCUGAGAAGGCUUCUUAUGUUGCACAUAUUAACAGUUACUUGGCUGAAGAUAAAUUCAUGAAGCAGUUUCUUCCAAUUGAUCCAGCUGCAAAUGCAUUGUUUGAUCUUGCUAAAGAUGGAGUUCUGCUCUGCAAGCUUAUUAAUAUCGCUGUUCCUGGGACCAUAGAUGAGCGAGCUAUUAAUACAAAACGGGAUCUUAAUCCAUGGGAGAGAAAUGAAAAUCACACCCUUGGCCUCAAUUCAGCAAAGGCUAUUGGGUGCACAGUGGUUAAUAUUGGUACUCAGGAUAUGGUUGAAGGAAGACCUUAUUUGAUACUUGGUCUGAUUUCACAAAUAAUCAAGAUUCAAUUGCUAGCCGACCUGAAUCUGAAGAAAACUCCUCAACUCUUGGAAUUAGUGGAAGAUGAUAAGGAUGUGGAGGAGCUUAUCAGCUUACCACCUGACAAAGUUUUAUUGAAAUGGAUGAAUUUCCACUUGAAGAAAGCUGGAUAUGAGAAACAAGUUACAAAUUUCUCUUCUGAUGUAAAGGAUGGAGAGGCUUAUGCUUACUUGCUAAGUGCUCUUGCUCCGGAAGUUGCAGGCCCAGGUGCCUUGACCACAACUGAUCCUACUGAAAGAGCAAAGAUGGUUCUUGAGCAGGCAGAGAGAUUAGAUUGCAAGCGAUACCUCACUCCAAAGGACAUAGUGGAGGGGUCUCCUAACCUUAAUCUUGCAUUUGUUGCUCAAAUAUUCCAGCAUAGGAAUGGCCUUACGGUUGACUCAACAAAAAUGUCCUUUGCUGAGAUGAUGACUGAUGAUGCACAGACAUCUCGGGAAGAAAGAUGCUUCAGGCUCUGGAUUAACAGUCUUGGAAUUGUUACUUACGUCAAUAAUGUUUUCGAGGAUGUCAGAAAUGGAUGGGUUCUAUUAGAAGUUCUUGAUAAGGUUUCACCUGGAUCUGUCAACUGGAAGCAGGCAACAAAGCCUCCUAUAAAGAUGCCAUUUCGAAAAGUGGAGAAUUGCAACCAAGUUAUAAAAAUUGGGAAGGACCUUAACUUUUCCUUAGUAAAUGUUGCUGGUAAUGAUAUUGUACAAGGGAAUAAGAAGCUCUUACUAGCAUUUAUGUGGCAGCUUAUGAGAUUUACCAUGCUUCAACUUCUGAAAAACUUAAGAUCACACUCGCAAGGUAAAGAGAUUACGGAUGCUGAUAUAUUGAACUGGGCAAACAACAAAGUGAAGAAAGCCGGAAGGACGUCUCAAAUGGAGAGUUUCAAGGAUAAAAAUCUUUCCAAUGGUAUUUUCUUCCUUGAGCUUUUGAGCGCUGUAGAGCCAAGAGUGGUCAACUGGAGUCUAGUUACUAAAGGAGAAACUGAUGAUGACAAGAAGUUGAAUUCAACAUAUAUCAUCAGUGUCGCCCGAAAACUUGGAUGCUCCAUUUUCCUGUUACCUGAGGACAUUAUAGAGGUAAACCAGAAGAUGAUACUUACUUUAUCUGCUAGCAUCAUGUACUGGAGUCUGCAGCAUUCUGAAGAAAACAGCAGCCCAGAGUCAUCGCCUGUAGCUUCAGUAGAUGGCGAACAAGAAACAGAUUUAGUCAAUGAGGUAUCCGAUUUAGCCAUUGAUGAUAAUGCUUCAGAGAAACCCAGCUCUCCUUAA